UAUCCACUCCAGAACUGUCAUGGGCUUGAAGUGUAACUGUCUUGCAUAUUGACAGUGAAUAACUGGAUGUUUUCUUUCAGAAAAUGAAACGGAGUGCGUGUCCCCACAGUCGUCGGAAUUCCCAGAGGGUUUUUUCACAGUGCAAGAGAGAAAAGAUGGAGGGCUUAUUAUAUAUUUUAUGAUCAUUUUUUAUAUGUUUUUGGCCAUUUCUAUAAUUUGUGAUGACUACUUUCUGCCAUCCCUUGAAGUUAUCAGUGAGCGUCUUGGGCUCUCACAAGAUGUAGCUGGAGCAACAUUCAUGGCAGCUGGAAGCUCAGCUCCAGAACUAGUUACAGCCUUUCUGGGUGUAUUUGUCACAAAGGGAGACAUUGGGGUCAGUACCAUUGUAGGAUCAGCCGUUUACAACCUCCUUGGUAUUUGUGCAGCAUGUGGACUCUUAACCGCUGUGGUGGGGCGACUCACCUGCUGGCCACUGUUCAGAGACUGUUUGGCUUAUGCUAUAAGCGUGGGUGCUGUAAUAGCAAUAAUCUCAGAUAACAAGGUGUACUGGUAUGAAGCAGCUUCUUUACUUCUUGUGUAUGGGGUAUACAUAGUCGUGCUCUGCUUCGACAUCCGAAUCAGUGAGUAUGUGUUACGCAAGUUCAGCCCUUGCUGUACCUGUGUGGCCAAAAAUGCAGAGGAGCGCAGCGAGCAGCAGCCCUUGGUGGGCUGGCAGGACGACACAAGCCUCCGCUUGCACCGCAGAUCCCGGACAGACAGUGGCAUCUUCCAGGACGAUUCGGGAUACUCUCACCUCUCCCUCAGUCUUCAUGGACUAAAUGAAAUCCCAGAGGAGCACAAGAGUGUUUUCAAGAUGCCUGAGAAUGACCUGAAGCGUAUCCUGUGGGUGCUCUCCUUGCCGGCCAUCCUGCUGCUCUUUCUGACCAUACCAGACUGCCGCAGGCGCACCUGGAAGAAAUGGUACAUGAUGACCUUCUUUAUGUCAGCUGUGUGGAUCUCUGCCUUCACUUAUGUACUGGUGUGGAUGGUUACCGUGGUGGGGGAAACGCUGUCCAUCCCUGACACGGUAAUGGGACUCACUCUGCUUGCUGCUGGGACCAGCAUUCCAGACACAGUAGCCAGUGUCAUUGUAGCCAGAGAAGGCAAAGCAGACAUGGCCAUGUCCAACAUCGUGGGAUCUAAUGUAUUCGACAUGCUCUGCCUGGGUCUGCCAUGGUUCAUCAAAACAGCAUUUGUGGACACUACCUCUCCAGUCGAGGUGAACAGCACUGGUCUGGUGUUCACAACUGCCUCUCUUCUCUUCUCUAUCGUCAUACUUUUUGUGACAGUGCACGCAAACGGAUGGAGAUUGAACUGGAAGCUUGGAGUCGUUACACUGUUUUUCUACAUUCUUUUUGCCACUCUGUCCAUUUUGUAUGAACUGGGAAUUAUCGGUAACAACCCCAUCAGAACAUGCAAUGACUAACUGGUUAUCCAAAGAAAUUGACCAAACUCAGGAAUCACUGGACAAUUUGAAGAGGCCUGACCUGCUAGGCCUUAUCUUGCUUCUGAAAGGGAGUCAGUCUGGGAAGGCCAAAACUGAUAAGCGUUUAUGAUCCCUUUACACAAGCGACAGAAA